AUGAGCAAUAGCAGGAGCUGGCAGUUGUUAACAAUUGCGAUUGGUUUUCUAAUAACAAGUUCGAAUGUAUUGGCAAUAAACGAUUCACCAGACACAGAUAUAGAAUUGGGUGGCCCAAUAAUUAUUCCAAAUAAAAGUGAAAUAACAUUGAAAAAGGGGCAAAAUUAUACAGUAUUCUGUAAAUCAAACUAUUCUAUCAAAAUAGAACAACAACAAACUCCAGAAGAAAUAGUAGAACCAUUCCGUAAAAUACAAAGAAACGUGACGAGCUCAGAUAACAUAUAUAAAUAUGAAAUCGCGUUAGAUUUAUACAAUGUUAAUCAGUUUGCUGUCGGUUAUUAUGCUUGUUACGAUAGUACUAUAAAUGGCAGUGAUAUAUUCAAAAACAUGCUGGAUGAACCGGCUAAUACGAAACACAUUUCCUAUAUUUACAUCUAUGUCGAUGAGACGGGUACCUUACUAGCGCCAAUGAGUGAAGUCGUUAUAGCGCAAAACAAUGAAUCUAUAGUAAUUGAAUGUAGACCCACGACACCUGAUGUAAAUGUUACUUUGUAUGGGGAAUUUGCAGACACUGAUUACCAACCAUAUAGUUUUAGUCCCAAAAUUGGAUUUACCAUAGAUAACGAUGCCCUAUUGGAUGUUACACUAAACAUUUUCUAUUGUAGCUUUGUGGGACGAGGCUUAAGGGAAUCAAAAGACGUUUUUGUAAAUAAACAUAGACAUGAUAAACCUCCGACACCGAUUAUCACGAGAGAUUUUCGGGAGUUUCUAGAAGGUGAAACCUUUUCUCUGAAUUGUUCAGUUACAUACCAACCUAAUUCACCAGUGAGCCUUUUUUGGAAUUUCUCACAACCGACUGAAAAGGGUCGUAUUAUACAUGACACUAACGAAAACAAAACCACAGGAGGUAUUCUUUACCACAAUAUAACUAUAGUAAACGCUACCGAAAAAGAUGCUGGAAAAUAUACAUGUAUUUCUAAAUCUAUAUCUAACCACCAUCGUGAAGCUAAUACAGAAAAAAUUUACAAAGGUGACACUGGUUAUAUUAAUGUUUCUUUAUUAACGAGUAAAAGGAUUAAAACUCGCCAAAAAGUUGUAAAUUUAUUUUACACCGUCGACUGCUAUCCUCCAGCUUCUUAUGAAUUUUUUAAAAAUGGCAAAGAACUUUUAAUAAAUCCGAAUACGACGAAGUAUAAAGUUACUGCAGAAAGUGGCGAAAUUUCGUUGAAAAUAAAUACACUGGAUGUUUACGAUACAGCUAACUACACAUUGGUUCUUAGAAAUAAAUACGUCACCAAAAACGAGACGUAUGAUCUGAGAGUUGAAGCCCCACCAAAGGUUGACUUUGGCGCAAAAGGUGACAAAACAUUUUUGUUAAAUACCAGAGCAACUCUAAAAUGUUCGGCCAUAGGAUAUCCGUUACCACAAAUAAAAUGGAUAUUUGAUGAUGGAACAAGGAGGAAAGAGGUUGAGCCAAAAAAUGUUGCUGAGUCGUUGAUUCAAGUAUCAUCAUAUUUAGAUAUAAAUGUCACACGUUCUGGAAAUAUUACAUGUCUUGCGGAAAAUAAAUCAAACAAUACGAUGGAUACUAGAAACUUUUUCGUCUACGAAGUACCCAAUGGGUUUGGGUUAAAAAAUGAAAACCGCUUAUGGUUUUCUGAAGGUCAACAAGUUAGCGUGGACUGUUAUGCGUCUUUGUAUUAUUUUAAUGAUAUAAAAUGGUUCAGAAACAACACUGAACUAAACGCAACAUUUAGCCAGACGCAAUUUUCAAUAGUUGCCCAAUUAAAGAUAUCAAAAAUAUCAUUAGAAGAUGAAGGUGAAUACGAAUGUUUCGGAGAGGAAAUAGAUAAUACUUCUGUCAGUCAAAAGGUGUAUUUCACUGUUGCAGCGCGAAAACCACCAGUGAUAACAAUACCUACAAGUGAUAUAGAAGAGCAGUUAAAUCCUUAUCAAAAGAAGUCACUCAUUUGUCAAGCUGUCGCCGUUCCUCCGCCAAAUAUAACUUGGUUCAAGGAUGGAAAAGUAUUGUUUGACGACGGUAACAUAUUCUACGAUAAUACAGACCACACUAUGGUUAAUUCGAGCAUUGAAAUAACUCUUAUAGAUGACGAGAAGAGUUUAUACGAAUGUGCUGUAGAAAGCGGCGGUGAAACAGUACGCAGAUCUUUUAACCUCGUACGGAUAGAUAAACAUAAAUCCGAAGUAUACUACUUGUAUAUAAUAGGUGUCAUAAUAUUCUUCUUUGCGGUAUUAAUUUUCUAUUUACUGUGGAAGAUGCGUAAAGUGAAGCAAUCUAAGAAGGAAUUGUUAGCGGCAGGAUUAUGGUACUUUAACGAAGGCCUUCCGAAAUCUAUUAACCCAGAACUUGGUAUAGAUGAACAAGCUGAACUAUUGCCAUAUGAUGAAAGAUUUGAAUUUCCAUCGGAGAAGCUUCAAUUCGGCAAGCAGUUAGGUGCGGGCGCUUUCGGUGUAGUAUACAAAGCAGAGGCCCGUGGAAUCAUAAACGCCGAAGAAACAACUACAGUCGCUGUGAAAACGGUGAAGAAAACCGCCGACAACAUGUACAUAAAGGCUCUAGCCUCCGAGUUGAAGAUAAUGUGUCAUCUUGGAAAGCACGUGAAUAUAGUCAAUUUAUUGGGCGCGUGUACUAAACAUGUUGCAAAACGGGAACUGGUCGUAAUCGUGGAAUACUGUAAAUUCGGUAACAUACACAAUUACAUGCAAAGACAUCGAGAAGUGUUUAUUGAUCAGUUUACAGAUAAUAAGGAGAAGAAUCUCGGGAAAGUUAAUAGAGGUUUCGAAAGCACUAACGGUAGUACAGGCAUGCAUUCUGACUACUUCGGUACCAAUCACACACAGGAAACUGUCCACACGUUUGUUAAUACCGCCAAUACUAAUAGAUCUAUGAGAAAAGUGUCAGAAACAGGCUACAUUCAACCGGAAUGGCGGUCAAAUUACGAGACAGAUUACAUUGAUGGACGCAACCCGAGACCUCUGACCUCGAGAGACCUUUUAGCAUGGGCCUUCCAAAUUGCAAGAGGCAUGGAAUAUCUUGCUAAUAAAAAGGUAUUACACGGUGAUUUGGCUGCUAGAAACGUCUUGCUAGCAGAGGACAACAUUGUGAAAAUUUGCGAUUUUGGUCUAGCAAGGAGUAUUUAUAAAAAUGACGAGUACCAAAAACAAGAAAAUAGUCCAUUACCAGUAAAAUGGUUAGCCAUAGAAUGUAUGACGGACAGGAUAUUUUCCACGCAAUCUGACGUUUGGUCAUUUGGCAUUGUGCUGUGGGAGCUGUUUACUCUUGCAAAGACUCCUUAUCCAAACGUCAGUCCGACGAGUCUCGUUCAAUGGCUUACUGAUGGGCAUCGCCUCGCCAAGCCGCAAUACGCAGAUGAUCGGCUCUACGACGUGAUGCUGCGUUGUUGGCAGCAGAAGCCUACAGCUCGGCCUAACUUUAGCCAGUUGCAGGAAAUCCUUGGCUCAUUUUUAGAAGAUAAUGUUCGCAAUCACUACGUUGAUUUGAAUUCUCCAUACAUGGACUUAAACGUGCGAAAGGAAGGCGAAGAGGACUACCUAGCGAUGGUGUGCGCCCCCGAUUAUAACAACAUGGUGACGCCGAGUCCACACCACUAUGUGAACGACUCUAAGAGCUUCUUCCCACCUACACCUACGCAAUUAAAACAUGAUGAAGAAGGCUAUUUACAAAUGAGCCCCGCUAGCCAAUCUAUAUAUAGUCCACGAGUACAAAGUACGAAAUUUGAUUUCGACGCACGAAAAUUUAACUCUGGAUGCGAUCCUAGUCAAGGUUCUGAGUUAACACCAAUGUUAACUUUGAACAAUCUACCGAGAAGCGGUUCAGAAUCCGAUCACGAGGGCAACAAUUCACCAUAUUUGAACAUGUGUCACAGGAUCGAUGAGAACGAUGAAGUUUUUGAAAACCAAUAUAAUUUAAAGAACGUCCAAAUUAAUGAUAAUACCGCCGUGAGCAAUCCCACAUAUAUAACAUACGAUGGGGAUCUAAAGAAACCUCACAAUAUUUCCAAUAAUUACACCAACAUCAAUGUACCCAAUGGUCUAGUCAAA